GACUCCCGCGCGUGUGCCCAGCCUCUUCCCGCCGCAGCCGCCCUUUUCCUCCCUCCUUUACGUCCCCGAGUGCGGCAGUACCGCCUCCUUCCCAGCCGCGCGGCUUCCUCCAGACCUCUCGGCGCGGGUGGGCACCAUGUCCUUGAAGCUUCAGGCAAGCAAUGUAACCAACAAGAAUGACCCCAAGUCCAUCAACUCUCGAGUCUUCAUUGGAAACCUCAACACAGCUCUGGUGAAGAAAUCAGAUGUGGAGACCAUCUUCUCUAAGUAUGGCCGUGUGGCCGGCUGUUCUGUGCACAAGGGCUAUGCCUUUGUUCAGUACUCCAAUGAGCGCCAUGCCCGGGCAGCUGUGCUGGGAGAGAAUGGGCGGGUGCUGGCCGGGCAGACCCUGGACAUCAACAUGGCUGGAGAGCCUAAGCCUGACAGACCCAAGGGGCUAAAGAGAGCAGCAUCUGCCAUAUACAGUGGCUACAUCUUUGACUAUGAUUACUACCGGGACGACUUCUACGACAGGCUCUUCGACUACCGGGGCCGUCUGUCGCCCGUGCCAGUGCCCAGGGCGGUCCCUGUGAAGCGACCCCGGGUCACAGUCCCUUUGGUCCGGCGUGUCAAAACUAACGUACCUGUCAAGCUCUUUGCCCGCUCCACAGCCAUCACCACCAGCUCAGCCAAGAUCAAGUUAAAGAGCAGUGAGCUGCAGGCCAUCAAGACGGAGCUGACACAGAUCAAGUCCAAUAUCGAUGCCCUGCUGAGCCGCUUGGAGCAGAUCGCUGCGGAGCAAAAGGCCAAUCCAGAUGGCAAGAAGAAGGGUGAUGGAGGUGGCGCCAGCAGCGGCGGCGGUGGUGGUGGCGGCGGUGGCGGUGGCAGUGGUGGUGGCGGUGGCAGCAGUCGGCCACCAGCCCCCCAAGAGAACACGACUUCUGAGGCAGGCCUGCCCCAGGGAGAAGCACGGACCCGAGAUGACGGCGAUGAGGAGGGGCUGCUGACACACAGCGAGGAAGAGCUGGAACACAGCCAGGACACAGACGCGGAUGAUGGGGCCUUGCAGUAAGCAGGGGCUGCAUCAGUCCUGAGAAUCUGCUUCAAGAAUGAAGUUAAAAACGGGUUGAAAUCACCAGUCUCUUUGUCAACCUGUCACCAAACUGAAGAGUAUCAUUCCUUCUCCUAAAGGGUGCCACUAAGUAAAGAAAUAAACCAAACACACAUACAUACACAAAAGCAAUGGAGCGUUAAUUACGUAAGAGGCACUGAUCCUUGCUUUAUUCAUGUAGAAAUAUCCAACAUUGGGAAUCGUGUGGGUGUAGAUACAAAAAAAGGAAAAUGGCAUAAACAGCAGUUGGGUUCAUUGUGGCAGUUGGUGGCAGUUUCAGCCAGUGUGUGGGUUGAGGGCCCUCUAUUGCUUUACCCCAUCACCCUCCACUGUUUUAGCCAAGGUGUUUGACAACACUUGGCCUGUACUUUAAGGGUCACAGUGAUUAAAAACAACACAGUCAAGACAUUCGGGUCUGAAUGACUGCUCCUGAGCUGCUUAGUACGAAGUCUGGCAACAAGAAAGCGAGGAGCAGCGUGUAUGCCCUUAUCCUCAGCAAGUGAGAACAAGGCAGAUCACAGCACAGACACAGAAGAUGGCCUUCUCCCAUGUGCCAGCGGAGAAUCCCCUUCCAGCCAAAUCCUCAGGAAGCAGAGCACCACACAAGCAGCAUUUCUUGGUUUCUCAUGGUCAUAUUCAAAAGCGACUUUUAAAUCAGAAAAUAGAAAAAGCAUUUGUGGUGGGUCUUUUUCAAACCCAGAACACAAGUUGGCUAGGAAAACGGAAAGCUUCCUCUGGCAUCCCUGUUUGGACUCCUCCUCUUGGAGGAGUUUCCUGAACCGCACACACAUCGCUUCCUCACCAAGAGAGAUGCUCAACUAGGAUCUUUCUUAGUGUGCCAGUUACAAGACACAUUUACAGGCUAUGUUUCUAAGACCUCUUAGUGGCCAACGAGGAAGGAGGAUAACUAGCACCUUGUAUUCCCUCAUGUGGUAACAGCUGGGGGAGGACUUGGCGGUGAGGUAGUAGCAACCAUCCCCACAUACGGAAAAGAAUUCAAAUCUAUGGAGUCAUUCCCUGGACACUGAAAACAGGCAAUCAAUCCUCCUAAGUUUCAAGGUCCCACCACACUCGCGUGGGAGGCCGUGUCUACUUUAACUAUGUAUCUCAAGAGAAGCAGAGAAGAAAAAUGGCUGCCCAGAUGAAGCGCCUGCCAUUGUCCAGUUUCUCAGUCAGAGCCUGGCACACACUGUUUUAUAUGGUUGGUUUCUUGCUGAUUUCACCAAGCACAUUUAUAGAAAAGAAAACUGAAGGACAAACCAAAUUGAAAGAAUCACUGUUAUAAUAACUUUAAUUUAUCUUGCAUUUUACAGAAGUCUAUGAACGAUUUUAAAAAAGCACCUCCUUACCCCAUAUCACGUUUCUCUGACAGGUGUUAAAGUAGGCAAUGAGUAUGUCAACAGCUUGAGCAUCAGCGUCUUGCAAGGACUUCAGGCCAACCACUCGCCAAAAAUCUUGGCAGCUUUUUUAUCUUGUUUUUAAUACAACGGUAUAUCCACUCUGAUGGCAAACCUGUCCAGCCACAUCUCCACAACAAGCUUUGCAAAAUCAGUGAUUAGCAAAUUAGUUAGCUUUGGCACGGAGCUGUGCUCGCUUGCCCGUGACAGCCUGGAAGCCGGUUUUGAUACUGGCAACAGAACAUCUAGAAUGACAAGUUUCGCACUGUAGGAAAUAGAGUCGCGUGUCCUUCUGCAGGAUUGUGUCCGGUGAUCGGCAUGUGUGACAAGUGACAUAUUCCUCUGCAAAUAAAGCAACACACGGAAUUACCUGGUGGCUGCAGUGAGGUAGAGAAGUUUCUGCCUUCUUAAAUACAUCUACAAAGAACUCCACAAGCCCAGGCUGAGAAUUUAGCUGGGCACCCAGACCAGGGAAGCGCAGCUAUUCGAGGGGUAAGAAAACACAAGCUGUCUGCUGUGGCACUUCCGGCACUAAACAUGGGCUGAUACUCAAUGCCCCAGGAUGCAAGGAAGCCUGCCAGCUUGCUUAUUCUCGUUUCUGUCUAGAGGAGAGCCACUCAAACAUGUUAACAGACAUGCCAAUUUUAAAUAACUAGGAACAAAAGGGGGCCAAGGCCAGGCCUGAAUCACAGGCAAGUUUCUCUGACUUGGCCUUUAGCACUACAAUCAACCAGCAGCUUCAAUCAGCUAGGCUUUCUUUAAAAAUCCAAAUCCUUUUCUAUCUAUACCCCUAGUUAGUAGGUAAGAGCCACCUCCCUUUCACUAUCAUUUUGUCUCUGAUCUUUUUAAGGCCAGCUUUUCCCAGCUCACUGCAAUCAAAUGGCUCUUCCUCUAACACUGCAGCCUGAUGAGAACAUUUCAGGGUGAUCUAAUGAAAUUAAUUAUACACUUACUGAUAUAUCUUCUCAAGACAUUUUCUAUCUGUUUCUGUUGGAAUCUUCCUUUGAUUACAAGUUGGUUAUUACCAUCUAUAGAACCACUAUGAAAGAAAACAAAGAUAUCUCAUUAUUGUUUUUUCCUAAAGGAACCAAAUUCCAGCACCUUUAAACUUAAUGAACUUAAAAUAUAUUCAGUAGCAUAGGAUAAACUCUAGGACUGGUGCUAUACUACUUGGUUUCCCAAAAUUUAUUUAUUUAUGAGACGGGGUCUCACACUCUGUCGCCCAGACUGGAGUGCAGUGGCGUGAUCAUGGCUCACUGCACCUUCAAUCUCCCAGGCUCAAGCAAUCCUCCCACCUAAGCCUAGCAAGUACCUAGGACUACAGGCACUCCCCACUGUGCCCUGCUAAUUUUUUUUUUUUGGUAGAGAUGGAGGGGUCUCCCUAUGUUGCCGAGGCUGGUCUCAAACUACUGGACUCAAGUUAUCCUCCCACUAUGGCCUCCCAAACUGCUGGGAUUACAGGUGUAGGCCACCACACCCAGCCUCAAAAUUUAUUUUUAAUUAAAUAGUUUGCGUCUAAUGAUGUACCCAUACUAACAUCAAAUCCAAUUAAAUCUCCAGUGAUAACAAUCAGAUUUAUAAUUGAUUUUAAGUCUAAAACAAACUGAUUCCUUCAUUGUGUGUGACAGUCCAUCCAACAAAGGAAAAAAUCUUUUACUGCAUCAUACCAUGUACAAAGCAAGGCAAAGGAGAGACCUAGAAAUAUAAAAACAGGAAAGGGGCUACGUUUGUUUUUUAAAAUUCUAAGCACCAAAUAUUUUGAUUCAGGCAUGGUUAAAAGUAUAGUUGAUAAAAAUAUACUAAAAUUGAUUGUGGUAGCAGUUAUACAUAUUAAGUUUAAUAUGUGAUCAUAUUAAAAACCAUUGGGGCCAGGUGUGGUGGCUCACGCCUGUAAUCCCAGCACUUUGGGAGGCCGAGGCGAGUUGAUCACCUGAGGUCAGGUGUUCGAGACCAGCCUGACCAAUAUGGUGGAACCCCGUCUCUACUACAAAUACAAAAAAAUCAGCCAGGCGUGGUGGUGGGAGCCUACAGUCCCAGCUACUGGGAAGGCUGAGACAGGAGAAUUGCUUGAACCUGGGAGGCAGAGGUUGCAGUAAGCCAAGAUCCACGCCACUGCACUCCAGCCUGGGCGACAGAGCACAACUCCAUCUCAAAAAAAAAAAAAAAAAAAACCCAAUUGGAUUGUAUAUUUUAUUUAUAUAUAUAUUUUUUUUGGGGGGGGAGGGGUCCAAGGGUGGAGGUUUAAUAGGCAAAAGAAAGAGAAAGAAUAGCUCUCUCUCGCGAGAGAGACGGACGUCCGAGUGGGACUCUCCUGGAUUAUAUACUUUAAAUUUGUAAGCUGUUAUCUCAAUAAAGCUGUUUCAAGAAAAAAAA